GAGGAAAGACUUUCAAUUGGCCAAUCCAGGACCUGAGUCCUGAUAAAUAUCCGGGUCAAGGGAGGUCACUUCCUGUUCUCGUGUGGGUGCAGACAGCGGUCAGGUUUUUGGGAUACCCACUUUGUAUCCAAGGAAGAUGGCGAGCUACCCACGAGAUGGAUGAAUAACAUGCCCACUGUGAAAAGUUUCUUUUGAUUAUACAUAUGUUUACUGGAUUUAUGUUUAUGUUCAGUAAAAAGCCUUAAACCUCAACUAUUUGAUUUUGUGGUUUUUCACACACGACUUGAGCUCCGCAGCCGAAUCUGGAGACAACAUUUUAGAUAUUAGAAAUUAACUCUUGAAAUUGAGCCACAGGUUACAAACGUGGCGAGCUAGCCAGGAGCUCAAUUUGUGUGGGAAUUUUUGUGUGUGUUUUGAUGGUGAAUAUUGGCUACCAAGAUGGAGUCUAUUCAGCAGUUAGGGGUGGAUGUAAGAAGUUCUGUGAUUAUUAGUGGUGUUACCAAUACAAGCACAGAUGAUGAAAUCAUUGAGUGUUUAAAAAGAUAUGGGUCUAUUAAGAAAGUAUGUACAGUUGAUGAUUCCACCAGUGUAUAUUACAAAAACCUGAUCGUUGAAUUUGAAUCUAGUUCUGCUUUAGCAGCUUUAGAGCCACUGUUGCCGUACACACAUCCUUCACGUGAUGUGCCAAACGUCAUAUAUAGCGUCAAUACGUUUUUAGAAGAGUAUACCGCUACAGUUGGUAGAAGCUGCACAGCAAACUACCUGAAUGAGUUAAGACGACUAGCAAGGGAGGGUGGACAGAGUUUUGAGGGAGUAUUAAAAACCAUGAUUAGUAGGAUGAGUGAGGAACUGGAUGAGCCGGAAGGUAGCAUCAGUGACACUGGAGAGCCAUCAGUUCAAAUAUUGGACUCCCCAGAACCUCAGGCAUCAGGGUCUGCCCAGCCCAUCCCCCAAACAAACCCAAAUCGCAGAAGAACUGUCUCUCUCUCUCAAAAUGACUUGUACCCACCUGAUGUGCAAAGAGUUGUGGUUGAACAUAUUGUGAGGAGGGAAGACAUAAGUUCUCACUCACUGGCUCCACUGCGACUUCGCUCUUUCUCUGGGAGAUAUCCUAAACCCAGUAAUGAAGUAGACUAUGAAACUUGGCGCUCUCACAUUGAUUUACUUCUCGCUGAUCCUAGUCUGUCUCCUUUACAAAUCACCAGACGGAUUCUGGAGAGCCUGCUGUCUCCUGCAGCUGAUGUAGUCAAAGGUCUUGGUCCUGAUUCCCUGCCUACCAUUUACUUGCAGGUUCUUGACUCAGCCUUUGCUACUGUCCAAGAUGGAGAGGAGCUUUUUGCUCGAUUCCUGAAUACCCUUCAAGACCCUGGUGAAAAGCCCUCGGCCUACCUACAACGGCUGCAGCGCAAUGGAAUUUCUGCUGUCAAAAGAGGAGGCAUUGAAGUCAGGCUUUUGGGAUACCCACUUUGUAUCCAAGGAAGAUGGCGAGCUACCCACGAGAUGGAUGAAUAACAUGCCCACUGUGAAAAGUUUCUUUUGAUUAUACAUAUGUUUACUGGAUUUAUGUUUAUGUUCAGUAAAAAGCCUUAAACCUCAA